AUGCUCGGUAAUUUGGAUAACAUCACAUUGGACAUGGACCAAACUCCUCCAAAUCAAGACACUGGUGCGAGUAACAUCCGAGUAAAGGUUAUGCAACGAGAACAUUUGUGGAGUCGCCUUCAAAGUACACGCAAUGAAAUCUCCGAAUUCCCCAAUAUGUCCGAGUCAGAGUUGAAGGUCAAAGCGGACAUGUUAGAGCGACAGUACAACACUUUCAAAAAAAUACAGUCCGCGUUAGAAGAAUUAGACGAGUCGCAGUUUGGCUUCAAUCAUCGAGUAGAAUUUGAAUCGGCGUAUUUCACCAUAAAAAGCGCAAUCACCAGUAGACUAGUGGCGCCAAAUUUUGAUCACCUAAGCAGCACCCGCAUGAACUCUUCGCAAAUUCAUCGCAAAGUAAACCUGCCAAAAUUACAACUAUCUAAAUUUAGUGGGCGCCACACAGACUGGUUAGAUUUUUAUAAUAUGUUCCUCGCAUUGGUUCAUAAUAAUGCUGAUUUAACUGACAUCGAGAGAUUUCAGUAUUUGCGCUUAUGUCUCACAGACGGCGCGGCACGGCUAAUUCAGUCAUUAGAAGUUACACCAGCCAAUUAUCAAAGGGCGAUUGAUCUCACCGUGGGUAGAUUUGACAACAAGCGGUUUAUAUUUCAAUCGCAUUUAUCAACAAUUUUUGAUGUGCAAAAGGUCACCAAGCCGAGUGUGUCAAGUCUACGCGAAUUCAUCGAUAGCAUUAAUGCUAAUCUGCGCGCCAUGCAAUCGCUGGCGACCACCAUUCAAAUUGCUGAUGGAAUAAUUCUUCACCUGGUAACGUCUAAGCUAGACGAAAAUACGCGAAGCAAAUGGGAAGAAGAAGUGGCUGCUAAAUUUGAUCGAAAGUCAGUAACCACCUUGCAGCUUCCAACAUGGAACGAUUUGGCAGAUUUUCUCGAACGCCGAUGCCAAACGUUCAAUAUCAUCGAAGCCAAUCAAUCAAGCUCAGAUGGUUCCGCCAGUCACAAAAAUCAUACAUCGAAACCAUAUUCAUCGAAACAGCUCUCUUUCACCACCACAACUGCAUCGUCGAAAUGUCCACUUUGUGAAACAAGGUCAUAUCAUAAUGCAUUCAAUUGUGUGAAGUUCAUGAAAAUGGAUCCUCUUGAGCGGUACAAUUUGAUUAAACGGUUAAAAUUAUGUCUCAAUUGCUUUGGUUUUAACCACUCGUCGAAUCAAUGCCCAUCACUUCGUCGGUGCCAGCACUGUCGUGCGAGCCACCACACCUUGCUGCAUCGCACAUAUGGUAGCAAGGCAGACGACAACAACAAAAUGGAAGAUGGGAAGGCUGAGAAGUCAACAACGCUACAGGCUGGUAUCGUUACAGCUCUCUCAUCGCACGUGUGUUGUUGGACUCAGGUUCUCAGCUCCAUUUUGUCACCGAAAGAAUUGCACAACAUCUUCGGCNACACUGCGGGAAGCUCUCUCAUGGCACGUGUGUUGUUGGACUCAGGUUCUCAGCUCCAUUUUGUCACCGAAAGAAUUGCACAGCAUCUUCGGUUACCGCGCAAAAAGCGCAGCAUAGAGGUAACGGGCAUUGGAUCUACAACAACGAAAACGCAGCAAGUAUGCUGUGUUGUACUAAAAUCGCGCCAUACAGCAUUUUCGUCGACUUUGGAAGCGGUCAUCAUACCGACAAUAACUUCGUGUCAACCCAGCAAUCGUGUCAGCAUUGAGAAAUGGAAUUUGCCUAACAACAUAAAUUUGGCAGAUGAACAGUUCUACGAGCCAGCAACGAUCGAUUGUCUUAUUGGAGCAGCGUUGUUUUAUGAUUUGCUUCUCGUCGGUCAAAUCAAGCUGCGCAACAAUUCGCCGGUUCUGCAGAAAACUAAACUCGGUUGGAUAGUUUCUGGCAUCGCUAACUCAUCUGCACCAAUAGCUUCAUCACCAAAAACCUCAUCGUUGAAUAAAUCAUCGGCCUAUAUGGCAUUUCUCACCAUGUCCGAAGAACCAGUUCUCGUUGCAAACCUUUUGGGCAUUGGAAGAACACCACACCAAUUCAUUAACGUCAGUUUCGCCAGAGGAGCAAGCAUGUGA